UCCUAACUUCUGCUGUCAAUAAUAAAAGCAUUCUUUCAGUGAAGUUUUUUUCUAAUUAAUGCUUAUUUGAAUUAAAAAUUUCUAAAGUGAUUUCCUUUUGUCCUUGUAAUUUUGUAUUAUUAUUGCAUAAAACAAUAAGCUCUGUCUCUAACUAUUUAUACAGAUUCCAGUAACACUGAAAUAAUGAGUGCAACGUUGAAACAAAAUGUUACAGUUCUGACAUAAGUGAUAAACACAUUAAGCGUGUCUUUCUGACCUCUUUAUGUAUAGUUGGACUGGCCUGUGCUUCCAGCAUGACUGGUUUUCAUUUCCUUUGUAGAAUUUCAGUCUGGCUGUAACAUCUUUGCUUUAGAACAGUGAAGUGCAUUUCACUGUUGGUUUGAGAGAACAGCAAAUACAAGAUUUGCUGUUGAAUGUAAUAAAAAGUUGUCCCAAGUGAUUUCCUGCUGUUAACAGUAUGGGCACAAAAGUAAAGUUUAAUACCAAAGGACUUAGAGCUGCUGUGCUGACUUUUAUGCCAUAGAAUUCUGGUAAUUACCAACCCUUAUGGAAAGGCCUUUGGUUAUUCCAGUCAAGUAAGGGUAUUGUAGGCUGUGGUUGUUAAGAGACAGCAGGGAGUUAAUUUAAUGGAAGUACUUCCUUUUACCUGUUACUGUUGCCAGUGUGCACUAUUUUCUUUAGUAACCAAAUCCUUCAAGGUUUGUGGCUACUUUAAUUGUAAAAACUUGAGGUUUUGAGUAAGGAAUGUAGACUUUCAUAUAAAGAAUUACAAUUUUCAGACUUUAAUCACUAUGUAGAAAUAAUUAUUACUUUCAUUAUUACUGUCUCACUCUCUUUCUGUGCCUUUAUUUCCUUUUCUCAUUACUACCAUUUUUAAAGGAAAGCAGGACAGUUUUCCUAACAAUGAAAUUUAGUUGCCUAAACAGCAGAUGUGGCUUUAUUUUGUAUCAUUUUAGUCUUUCAUUCUCAUUCCUGAUAUGAGCAUCUUGUCUUACAGUCCAGUUUAUACUAAUAAUUUUUUCCUCAACUUUUUAUAGUGUAGACCUAAUUUCUGUCUGUCUUGUUUUGUUUUGUUUUUUCAUUCCUCUUUGACCCAGCUGUGCCAUGUUACCACACUUACCUGUACAGAGUAUGGGAGGACUGCAGAUCGCAGGCCAUGCGAUACGCCUGGAAACUUCAUUCCCUCCGUUACCAAAGCCUCAUGCACUUCCAGAGUCACUGCCAUCUCCCCCCAGGCUUUCAGCAUCUGAGCUCCAGAUCCCUGCCCUUGAUGAAGUAGAUGCUUCUGUUCCAGCCUGUCUGAGAUCCCAAGAUGACACAGAACUGAAAAAAACUGAGCCAGAAAAGAGGCCAAAGAAAGUCUCACAGAUCCGAAUCAGGAAAACUGUUCCUAAGCCAGACCCUAACCUUACUCCAAUGGGACUACCCAAACCAAAAAGGCUUAAGAAGAAAGAAUUUAGUUUAGAAGAAAUUUACACAAACAAGAACUAUAAGUCCCCUCCUCCUGCCAGGAGCUUGGAAACAAUCUUUGAGGAGCCCAAGGAGAAAAAUGGACACUUGAUCUCUGUCAGCCAGCAGAAGAGAAAGAGGAUUCUAGAGUUUCAGGACUUUACUCUUCCCCGGAAAAGGAAGACACGAGGCAAAAUCAAAGCAGUGGGUAGUUUCACCCGAGCAAAAAGAGCUGCACUGCAGAGUGCAGAGUUAGAUGUUCUUCUGAGUCAGAAGCUAAUGGACCUUGAAGCCUUUUUUGCAGAGGAGGUUGAGCAGGAGCAGGCCUCCACCAUCUGAGGGAGUCACUUAGCUGGAAACGGUCUAGUCAGCUUCUUUAGUAUUGUUUUCCUUGGGAGACAUCUACUGACUUCUUCAUACUGGCUUCAUCUACUGAAUUCUGCCACUCUGUUCUAACAUCUGAUAAUCAGUUUUUGGCUGUGACCCUCUUUAAGGUGCUAUUUUUUUUUUUUAUGCUGUUGGAGGGAAUCUUUUAAGUCCCUGUUUGAGUGUAACACAGCCAUAUGAAAUUUACCCAUCCUUUCUCAACCUCUGGAAAUUACUGCUUAUAUUUAAUUAAUUAUGUUUAAAUAUCUUUUGGGGGUAGAGUAGGAGUGUCAAGGAGGAAGUAGUGCACCUUCACUGAUGCUAGAACUCUGUACUCCAGAUCAUUUGCACAUUUGAGUCUGCUGUUGUUACUGUAAUGGCUGUUUUUAACAAGCUGACAAAAGAGAUAUGGUGUUUGAUAAAGAAAAAUUUUAGCAAACACAUUAUUGAUAUACCACUAACCUUUUGAUAAUUAAAAGUAGCUGUCUAGGUUUGUGUUCAAUUCUUUCUUCCUUCUGUUAACUUAGAAGGUUCCUUCUAAAUUUCUUUGCCCUUCCUGGCUCCAGGCACCAGAAGCCCCACAUAAUUAGAUAUUAAACAAUUUGCACUUUGUAUAUGCUUCUUUUAACAUGAUUCACCUCAAAAAAGGUAACAUUUUAAGGAAAUAUGGUGCCCAGUACUAUUUUUUCCAAAAGAGAAGAUUUUUUUACUUACUUGGCUGAUGCCAAAUUCUUCUCCAGGGAAAAGGUAAUUAGUCCAUGAGGGUGUUAAGCUGCAGGAUAUAUAGGCAGAGAUUUUUAUUUAACUGAGCUGAGCUGCUGCAUGCAGGGAAGACCAGCAAAAUCUUUAAUACUUGUUUUAAAGUUAUUUUAAUUCCAUUCAUACUAACUUGAUUUCAAUGUCAACAAGAAGGAUUUUUUUUUACCAUUUUAGAUUUACAAUUCUUGUAGCUCAUCAUUAGAUAUUCUCUGUACAGCACUGUUGUACAUAAUAGCCAGUGCAGUACCAAGAGCCUCCGAGUAUGUGGACAUUGUUUUUGUCAUGUAAGGCCAUAUGCAAUUAUCUGAUGCAGCACUGGCCAAUUUCUCAGCUCUACCUUUGGAAGGAAGAGAGCUCCCUUCUGGCAUAACUUCUGUUAAACUUAACUUGAAGCAUAAUUCCAAUGCUAGCUGCUGUUCAGGUAAUUUCUGUCCCUUAGUGCCUAGAGAAGUUAUUCAGGCAAAGCUGUUGUUGCUGGGAUGCUCAAAUUUAGUCUAUUCUUUCUUUCACUUGUCACUUGAACUUGCACUUUCUUAUUUAUCUACCCAUAUAAUAGAGUUUCUAUUUACCUUCAAAUUGAGCAAAUAUCUAGUGGGUGGGUAUUUUUUGUAAAGUCCCAAUAAAUGCAGGACUCCAAGUACCAUCAUUAUCUUCUGUUGCUCUACCACUUCUGUUACCGACCAAACAGAAAACUAAAUUUUAACAAGCAAUCUGUUGAAUUUCAGAGCUUUGAGUAGAGAAAUGGAAGAGGAUUAUUACACUGUCUGUGCCUGUGUCUUGAAAGAAAUCUAAUCUGGGUUUGUUUUCUCCUAGUUUAUGUGCUGGGAUUUGUAGAAGUUUAUAUUCUUGUUUUGAAGGCUAAUUAUCUUUAAUCAGGAAGACUGAAGAAAAGAGGAGUGCACAUUUAGAGUAGUAGUGUUUGGAGUUUGAGGGUAAAAUAACAAGGCAAACUUUGAACAUAUUGACAUAGUAUUUUUCUGGUUAACUUACUGGGCUGUUGUAGAACAUUCUAAUUGAUCCUCUUUAUUUUUGUAAAAAGAAAUCCCUAAAAAACAAAGAUCUACUGCUUCUUAAAAAAUGUUUGAAAGUUUCCCUAUGCUGGCUUAUUAACCCAAUUAUUGACCAGUUGGAAGUGGUAGCAAGAGUGAGAUAUAUUUUUAUGGAUUUAUGCUAUAGAAUGGUAUUGUUACAGAGUAUUCAUUCACCUUCUAUUAAUAUGGGAGGCUUCCAGUGACACAAUUAAGCUGUAACCUUACUGGGGCUUUCAAGGAAAUAAAGAUUGGGGUGGGAGGGAAAGACGGGUCCAGAAGUUCAGACCUCUAAUGUGCUUCAAAACAUGGAAUGUGUUGAGUCUUUUCCUUUGGGUUAUGUUGAGUUUUGUUUAGGGUGGGUUUGGUUUUUUUUCUCUUCCCCGCUCUCUCGUUUCUGAUUGCAUUGAAAUAAGAUUUAUUAACUUUUUUCCUACAAGCUACAGGAGAAAGAGCAAAGAAAACACUCAAAUACUCUUCAGUUUACAGUAAUUGGAGGAGUUGCAAAAUGAUGUUGCAGUUGUUUAGCUUCUCGCAGACCUUUAGUUUGUGGAAACCCAAAUACACAGCAUUAUUCUCUUUUGGUUUAGUGUUUGUAUGACAAUGUAAUCUAGUGGAGACCAAGUAUCUCUUCCCCUCUCCAGCAUACAGGUGUCAGUCCUGCUUAUGCACUUUUUUGUUUUUCCCUUUCCCACCUCUGUUUCUGUUUACAGCACUCAGGGAACAGCUAUGUUCCUUGUGGCUGCUGCUUGUACACUGGGAGUGAUAACUGGGAAAAAGCUGAGCAUUUGCCAUUCUGAGCUGCUUCUGUCACAGCUAAUUAAAGGAAAAAGAAUAUGUACAAAAAGAAGGAUAUGUACACUUGCCUUUUCAUUAAGUGGACCCAUUCCAGUUUUUGUAUCACCAUGGAAAGUAUAUCAGACUGAUGGCCAGAACAGCUUGAAAAGGAUUGCAAAGCUUUUGCCAUGUCCUGUCUCUUAGUAGAGCCAGGCAGCUCUUUGAUAAAUUUGCUGAUUGUCAGGGAUGGAAGGAUCACUUUAAAAAAAAAAAAAAAGAAGAAAGAAGAAAAAAAAAUCAUAGUUUUCAUCAUGCUAAGACUGGAGUAGCUAAAGCUCCUUAAUGUAUGGUACAGCAUUUUCCUAUCUGGCUUGUGUCUGCAUACGUUUGAGUUCUGGUGCUUGCUGGAUAUGACUUCCUGCAAGCAGUUCUCAUUCAUUGUAUUUUAUUUCAGGUGGGCCUUUGGUAUAUUAUGUUCCAGGUGCUUUUCUAGAAUGUGGAUAGUAACUGUGGAUUAAAAGUCUGUAUGAUGCUAUCAAGGUAACAAAUAGCUCAAUGAGAAUUUGUACAUUUGUGCCAUUAGCCUCCAUCAUGCUCUUGGCAUUUUGUUUAUGUUCAAUAUUGUGUGAAUCUAAAAUUUUACUGUUUCUUUUGUGUGUGUUUUUAAUUUAUGGAAAUAAAUUUUUCUGAGAACUUU